AUGCCUGAGUUGCGCAUUCCUUUGUGCCAAUGGACCAUGGAAAGGAUUUCUGGGGAUUCCGAGAUGAACGGAGUGGAACGACUUAAACCCGAGCCAACCAAUUCGGAGUGCAAUCUCAACGGUCACCCAACGAUUCUAUUCACCUCGACCGAAUCCACAGAUGAGUCACCCAAUGACACAUGCGCAGAUUGCGCCAUUGAGCGUUCGUUCUGUUCCCACAAACUCCGGGCUGAAUACCGGCUUCGAUUGCAUGAUCAUGCUCGAUUUUGUCAGAAUCCGGGCGCCGCAACUUGGUUGGCUGCUGGAACAACCCUCGGUUUUGUUCAAUUAAUUCGUUCCGAGUAUCUCUAUUUGAAGUGUUUUGAUGAAGCCCUUGGUCGCCAGCCGGAUACUGAAGAAUCACCUUUCCUGCUUCGCUAUCACGUACCAUUCGAUCGGGCUCCCAAAAAUCAGGCCCGAUGGACUCCAUUCAUUGAUGCUCCCGAACUCCCGAACAGCGGGCCAAGCAAAUCCAAAAGUCGUGUUCCGACUAAAGGAACGCGAAAUCCGAAGCAGCUAGAUGGUUUCUGUCCUGGUCGAUCUAUCAUGUUCGCACUCAAACCCAAGGAAGCCCCCAAGCCGGUCCCUGUGCCUCGUCCUGUCCUCAUCUCCAGUUCGGAAUCAUCCGACGACGGUGCGGCUGAUGUGAAAGAUGAAUUGCGGGCAGUCUGUGUUCGAACGCGACGACCCACAACUACCCGCAAGGAUCAAAAGACAAAACCGACCAAUACUCCAUCUCCGAUAGAUUCACUCAGUCUUAGUUCUUUGUCUGAUAAUGUUGACGGUCAGGAUAGUGAUCAAACUGAACCAUGCACUCAACCCACAUGA